UGUGAGCCGUAACCAUGACUACUGAAGUUGGCUCCGCAUCUGAAGUGAAGAAGGACGCUGACCAUUUGGGAUCAGGUGCAACCAAGGAGAGAGCUAAAGAGGCAGCAGAAAAUCAGCGGGAUCAGUUGUCCAGUCAAGAGGAGGAAAAAGGCUCCCAGCCAUCUCCUGCAGCUGAAAGCCAAAGUAGACCCAGCCGCCAGAAGCGAGAGAAGGAUCCAUCUGAGAGUAGAGGGAUUUCUCGGUUCAUACCCCCAUGGCUUAAGAAACAGAAGUCCUAUAACUUAAUAGUCGCCAAAGAUGGAGGAGCUAAAGAAGAGCCUCCCCAAGGUGUUGUGGAAGAGCAAGUCUUAGACAGAGAGGACUCCUUUCUUGAAGAGAGACAGGCCAAGGGCGAUGCUGAAGAAACAACCCAGAAGACACACAUGGAGGUGAAGGUGGAUGUCAAAGAAGACAAGCCUGCAGUCAGCAGCACCGAGACUCAGCCUGCUGAAGAGGUGAGGAAGGAGAAAGAAGAGGAAGAAGUUAAGGAAAUACAGGAAGACAAAUCAGAAGGACAAGCAGCAAAAAGGGAGACCAAGGAAGUGCAGACCAGUGAGCUGAAAGCAGAGAAUGCCUCUCAGAAAGCAAGCAAGAAGACCAAAAGUAUCCAGUGUAAAGUGGUCCUCCUGGAUGGCACUGAGUACAGCUGUGACCUGGAGAAACGUGCUAAGGGACAAGUGUUAUUUGAGAAAGUAUGUGAACACCUCAAUCUCUUGGAAAAGGACUACUUUGGGCUUUUGUUUCAGGAAAGCCCUGAGCAGAAAAACUGGCUAGAUCCUGCAAAAGAAAUAAAGAGACAGCUGAGAAAUCUUCCCUGGCUAUUCGCUUUUAAUGUGAAAUUUUAUCCUCCUGAUCCUUCUCAACUGACUGAAGACAUCACCAGAUACUUCCUGUGCCUUCAGCUCCGGCAGGAUGUCGCCUCUGGCCGCCUGCCUUGCUCCUUUGUGACUCAUGCUCUUCUGGGAUCCUACACGCUGCAGGCUGAACUUGGAGACUGUGACCUAGAAGAGUAUGGCACUAUUGACCUCAGUGACUUCCAGUUUGCCCCCACCCAGACUAAGGAGCUGGAAGAGAAGGUGGCUGAGCUGCAUAAGACCCAUAGGGGCUUAUCUCCAGCACAAGCGGAUUCUCAGUUCUUAGAAAAUGCAAAGCGGCUUUCCAUGUAUGGUGUGGACCUGCACCAUGCUAAGGACUCAGAAGGUGUGGACAUCAAGCUGGGUGUAUGUGCUAAUGGGCUCCUCAUUUACAAAGAUAGACUGAGAAUCAAUCGUUUUGCUUGGCCGAAAAUCCUGAAAAUUUCCUAUAAGCGCAGUAACUUCUACAUUAAAGUCAGGCCAGCAGAGCUGGAACAGUUUGAGAGCACCAUUGGAUUCAAACUGCCGAACCAUCGGGCAGCGAAAAGGCUAUGGAAAGUGUGCGUGGAGCAUCAUACUUUCUACAGGCUUGUGUCUCCAGAGCAGCCACCAAAGGCCAAGUUCCUGACCUUGGGGUCCAAAUUCCGCUAUAGUGGCCGCACCCAAGCGCAGACCCGCCAGGCGAGCACCCUCAUAGAUAGGCCAGCACCACAUUUCGACCGCACCUCUAGUAAGCGGGCCUCCAGGAGCUUCGAUGGAGCUCUGAUUGGUGUUGGAGACCAAACUCCUGUGAAGGAUUUUCCUGGUGCUGUGGGGGAUGUCUCAGCGCGCGGCCCUGGGGUCGGUGGUGCUGCCAGGGUCCAGGAUAUGAGGAGCCCAGCCAGAGCCCUGCACUCACAGCUCUCUGAAGGAAAGAAAAAUUCCCUGAGAGUAGAAGGGGAUAAUAUUUAUGUCAGACAUAGCAAUUUAAUGUUGGAGGACCUGGAUAAAGCCCAGGAGGACAUACUGAAACAUCAGGCUAGCAUUAGUGAACUCAAGCGCAAUUUUAUGGAAUCCACACCUGAGCCGCGCCCUAACGAAUGGGAAAAACGACGUAUCACACCUCUGUCCCUACAGACUCAAGGGAGUCUAGAAGAGGAGAUAACAUCAGUUUUGUUUAGUGCAAAGGGCUUUUCUGAUAGCAUGAAAGCCACCUUCCUGUCAGCCACCACUUGGACAGCAGAGGGCGCUGUUGUGAACUCUAGUGCACCUUCUAGAGAAAAGCUUUCCUCCUGGCCCUUCUCACAUUUGCCUAAGACACGUGCUCCUGCGUCAGAAGGGCCUUGCACUGGAGCCAGGGAUGCUGUUAAGAGUUCACAUGAGACUCUGAAUGUAGUGGAGGAGAAGCAGCGGGCAGAGGUUGGGAAAGAUGAAAGAGUAAUCACAGAAGAAGUGAAUGGUAAAGAGCUAUCACCUGGGAGUGGUCCUGGGGAGAUGCGUAAGGUGGAGCCUGUGGCACACAAAGACUCCACCUCCCUGUCUUCUGAGAGCAGCAGCAGCAGCAGUGUGAGUGAGGAGGAAGACGUGGGCGAGUACCAGCCCCAGCAGCGUGUGACGGAGGGCACCAUCAGGGAGGAGCAGGAGGAAUGUGACGAAGAGGCCGAGGAAGCGCCUGGCCGCACAGCCCAGGUAGUGGAGAGGGAGGAAGCGGUGCCCGAAGCCAGCCCAGACAGACACACAGGGCCCGGUGUGAGCCCCGUAGACACCGAGGCCCAGGACUGUGUAGGUGCCCCAGAGGGAUCUGGAGAGAAGAGUGUAAAUGAAGGCACUGUUAAGCAAGCCGGGAGAGAAGAGACAGAGGACGAGCGACAGAAAGUUAACGGAGAGGUGUCUCAUGUUGACAUUGAUGUUUUGCCACAAAUUAUUUGUUGUUCAGAGCCACCAGUGGUAAAAACAGAGAUGGUAACCAUUUCUGAUGCCUCACAAAGGACAGAAAUCUCCACCAAGGAAGUCCCCAUUGUUCAAACUGAGACCAAAACCAUCACAUAUGAGUCUCCACAGAUUGACGGUGGGGCUGCUGGUGAUUCGGGUACGUUACUGAGCGCACAAACCAUCACAUCUGAGUCCAUGUCAACAACAACAACCACGCACAUCACCAAGACUGUAAAAGGUGGGAUAUCUGAAACGAGAAUUGAGAAACGCAUUGUGAUCACAGGAGAUGCAGACAUUGACCACGAUCAGGCGCUGGCUCAGGCCAUUAGGGAAGCCCGAGAGCAGCACCCUGACAUGUCAGUCACAAGGGUAGUUGUGCACAAAGAAACAGAGCUGGCAGAGGAAGGGGAAGAGUAACCAAGAACGUCAUUGUGUAAACAACAUUCAACUCCGUGAACGUGAAAAUUUUUGACCAUUUCAAGACAUAGCGCCACACCACUAUUCCAGCAAAUAUGUGCUACAACUGGUAACAAUGACCAGAGCCUGAAGAGUUAAAAUGCCAAUGUCAGACCUUAUCUUAACAGCUCUGGUCCACACUGUUUUCUGCACAUUUUUAAUAUGUUACUUUAUUUUAUAACCACUUCUAAAU